UGCACGUAGAGGCCAAUGUUACUUGUGCCGCUCGUCGGACGACUUAUUUAGGUGGAAAUGUACUUGGUUGUCUACUUAACUACGAUAAUAAAGAGGCGUCGUAUGUAUUUUAAACACGUUUUGCUUACGAGUUAUUGAUUCCGGAAGUUCGAAUCUGUGAUUAUAUUUCCAACUUGGCCGUAAACGCCAUUAAUAACGGUUAGUGCGGCAUAUGUGCAUUGUAUAACUCCAGUCUUACCAUUGUAUUUAAGUAUUUGCCCGGCUGGAAUAUGUCAAUAGUGAAGUCUUGAGGAACUAUUAAACGCAUCGUGCGCCUAGCUGGUCGACUCCGGUUCGCUGGACUCGGGUUUUGAAUUACCGCUGUUGAUGAUGAUAUUGUUGCUGUUGCUGGGUGCCUUUGUUUGUACGGGCUUCUCAUAUUAUGAGGAUACGUAUGAGUGUGACUAUGGGGAAACAUUCAGCAUACUGCUGCUCAGAAAUGCUCAGUCCAUUGAAUUCAAACCUAAGCACAACUCAAAUGUGACAAUCUUGUGGAGACAUGAUAACCCUCAAGCCAUAGAGGACCGUAGGCAUACGGUGAUAGGUGCCUACUAUGCGAUUUUUAAUGUAACCCAGAAAGACAGUGGCCGCUACAUAAUGAGAGACAAAGAUCAGAAAAUACUGUCUACAAAGAUCUUUGAGGUAGUAGCAAACACGAAAGCCUAUUCACGGAAUCCUGGUGGAAGCCUCCACUUCAUUUUUCACCUGGAACCGAACUCCUGCAACAUUUACUUCUUCCCAGAAAGUGACCAUGAAAUGGGAGGGACAGAGAUAGUUCGUCAAGGCAGACUGAAAGAGGGUUUGGAUGAACGUGAUUGCACAUUUUUUCAUCUGUUAAAGCCAUGUGGGAUUUUAAAUGACGACCUCAAAAUGUCAUGCAGCGGACGUUUCGAGGUCAGAGAUCAGAAUGGCAACAAUGCCUUAGUGGUGUUACUGGAAAUGGAGCCACUACGGAAUGAUUCAUUUGCCUUUGGUAUUGGCGUUGGUGUUAUCCUCGCUGCCCUUUCCUGCUGUGCUUGCGUGAGGUGCUGCUGCUGUGGAAAGCGCUCCUCCAAAAAGGACAGAUCUGAGACUGCUAAUGCUGAACCUGCUAUGCCUUCCCCAGAGGUCAACAGAUUUUGCAGUCAAGACUACCUCAGUCAGCCCUCUGGGACACGCUACUCCGCUCAGCCUUCUUUUACUCCAACCGGCCCUCUGAUACACAAUCCUCCUACUGUGAAAAUGCCGCCAGCUUAUUCUGAGUUACAUCCUGCUGCCCAUAGCAGUCUGCGCACGCACACAGUUGAUAACUUGAUAACAGUUUCACCUCUAGCGGAGCAGCCGCGGUUUGAACUAAAGGGGAUGACCUCUGCCUCCCCACUUAGUUCAGACUCAACCUACUGUGACACUUAUAACUCUGACAAACUCAACUUCCUCUGAAAGUCUUGAUUGUAACAGCCUACCUCAAAUUUGUCAACUCAUUCAUUAGUGUGACAUUAAAGAAAUAGUUCAACAUCUUGGGAAAUAUGCGUUCACCAGUGUUGUUUUGACACAUAUUUAAUGAACAAAGAAUAACAUGUUAAUUAGUGAGCUGUAGAGUUGCUGGUAGAUUAAUUUAGUCAUCUCUGUACAGGGACAGGUCAGCUAAGUUAAGCUAAUCAGCCACUAGCUAUAGCUUCAUUUUUAACAUACAGUCACGAGAAUGGUAUCAAUCUCAUCAUACUGUGGACAAGAAGCAGAUACAUGCAUUUCCUAAAAUGUUUAACUAUCAUUUUAACAUUUACUCCAUUUUUAGGGGACCUACACAGGAACACACAUCUACUCCUCACACAUCCAAAAAUCUGUCCUUCCCAAUAUUAUACAUUUUUACAAUGUUUCAUUGUAUCAAAUUUUUUGAUUCGUUUAUAAUGUUAUUUUACAUCUGAUUCCAUACCAAACAAUUUAGUUUUACUGAGCAGAGCAUGAGAUGUUAUACCAAAGGAUAUCAGUUUCAAAGCCAUAGGUGAAAGGGAAGUUUUCAAUAAAAAGCAGGUACUCUAAAUUGCGUUGUUUACCAUAAUGUUACUAUCUCAUGAGUCUCAUCAGUUUCUCAUAGUACAGAGUGACCAGCUUGACUGUGAACAUUUACAGGGAAGACACAAACAUAAAGUAGCCUUACCUCUGCGAAGCUCUCUGUAUUUUAAAGGUACAAUGUGUAAGAAUUGAGACUACUCUUGACCUGUCAAAUUCAUACUCAAAUAUAGGGGGUACCAUAUCACAUAUCAGGUUAUAACUGCUAUAACUAUAUCAGCUAGUUUGCUCAGUUUGCCAUGCAGCUAACGUAGCACAGCUCUAUUAGCGACUAAGUCAGGAAUGGGCACUAAAACCGAAACCGGGCUCAGCAGCCUCCCAGUAAAACUAUGGGAUGAGGCCUGAGCUAUACUAUCAGACUAGUGCCCGUUGAGGUACAAAGUAGUAUUAGGAGGUAAAACGGGUCAGUAGAAAUCUCUGCAACACAUGUCUUUGACACAAUGUCAGAACUGUUACUUCUUCACAUUCUGUUGAUCUUAUUAGUUCUUUAUCUUAAACGUUUUAAACAAAUAUUUUGGCCAUAUCUUACACAUUGUAAUUUUAAAGUGGUAGACAUUUUCCUGUCUUUUGGGAUUCAUCUUUUAGCUCUAAUGUAUUUAAAGACUUGCUUUAAUAUUGCUUGCACUUUGCAGUUUAGUGUAGAUUCGGAAUUAGCAGUAGUAUUAGUAUUAGUAGUAGCUUCUGUAUUGCAAAAACAAUUUAGUUUGCUCAGGCGUCAAACACAUAUGUAAAUGUUUUGACGUUAUAGUGACUGUUUAGAAAUGUCACAACUGGUUGGUUACCUUCUUUGUGGCACAAUGGCACUUGUGCCUUAAAUGCAUUAAUUACCAACUAGUGUUUACUUAUAUUUGGAGCUUCAAUAAUUAUAGAUUAAAUAGAUGUCAGUUUUAAUUUUACUUAUUCACAUCUUGGAAUGCAUGUUGUAGUUUAUGACUGUUGUGUAAAUAUUAUAUGAGGAGCGUCUUGUUUUUGUAUCUUAGUAUAUUUGGAAUCAGCAGCAUUAAAGCUAAUAACACCCUA